GCAGAGGGGCCGGAGAACUGCUGGGUGACCAAAGCGCAUGCGUUACACGGGUUGACAGCGCGCGGAGGAAAAAUCCGCGAGAAGGCGGCGGGAGAAGAUGGCGGUUCUGGGGCGAGUUUGCAAUCUUUGCGAUUAGACUAAUCGAGUAAUUAUUCGAGUCAUGGCGUCAAACUCAACAAAGUCUUUCCUAGCAGAUGCCGGCUAUGGCGAACAGGAACUGGAUGCUAACUCUGCCCUUAUGGAAUUGGACAAAGGUCUAAGAUCUGGCAAACUUGGCGAACAGUGUGAAGCAGUUGUUCGCUUUCCCAGACUUUUUCAGAAGUAUCCAUUCCCUAUUCUCAUCAAUUCUGCAUUUUUAAAGUUAGCUGAUGUUUUCAGAGUUGGGAUGUUGGGAAGUCUGGCAUCGAUAAUUCCUGAGAGGAAGAAUGCUCACCACAGUAUUCGUCAGAGUUUGGAUUCACAUGAUAAUGUAGAAGUUGAAGCUGCUGUUUUUGCUGCUGCAAACUUCUCUGCACAGUCAAAGGAUUUUGCUGUAGGAAUCUGUAACAAAAUCAGUGAAAUGAUUCAAGGUUUAGCUACACCAGUGGACUUGAAGCUGAAAUUGAUCCCCAUUCUACAGCACAUGCAUCAUGAUGCCAUCCUGGCUUCCAGUGCCCGUCAGCUUUUACAGCAGCUGGUCACAUCCUAUCCUUCCACCAAAAUGGUGAUUGUUUCCUUGCACACUUUCACUCUCCUUGCAGCUUCAUCUUUGGUUGAUACACCCAAGCAGAUUCAGCUUCUGUUGCAGUAUUUGAAGAAUGACCCUAGGAAAGCGGUAAAGAGACUUGCUAUUCAAGAUCUGAAAUUACUUGCCAAUAAAACACCACAUACGUGGAGUAGGGAGAACAUUCAAGCACUCUGUGAAUGUGCCCUCCAGAUUCCUUAUGACAGCUUAAAGCUAGGAAUGUUGUCCGUCCUUUCCACACUGUCCGGGACCAUUGCCAUCAAACAUUACUUCAGCGUAGCUCCAGGAAAUGUGAGUUCUUCCCCCAGAUCCUCUGAUUUAGUCAAAUUAGCCCAAGAAUGCUGUUACCAUAAUAACAGGGGCAUUGCAGCUCAUGGAGUAAGAGUCCUAACAAAUAUCACUGUCUCUUGUCAAGAAAAAGAUCUUUUGGUGCUGGAACAAGAUGCUGUCUUUGGCCUAGAAUCACUUCUGGUACUUUGUAGUCAAGAUGAUAGUCCGGGUGCUCAAGCCACAUUAAAGAUGGCUCUAAAUUGCAUGGUCAAGUUGGCCAAGGGCAGGCCUCAUCUUAGCCAGUCAGUGGUUGAAACCUUAUUGACUCAGUUGCACAGUGCUCAGGAUGCUGCCCGGAUCCUGAUGUGCCACUGCCUGGCGGCCAUUGCCAUGCAGCUGCCAGUGCUGGGUGAUGGAAUGCUUGGUGACCUUAUGGAGCUCUAUAAGGUGAUUGGACGAUCAGCCACAGACAAGCAACAAGAACUUCUGGUGAGUUUGGCGACUGUGAUUUUUGUAGCAAGUCAAAAGGCAUUGUCUACUGAAGUAAAGGCAGUAAUUAAGCAGCAGCUUGAAAGUGUCUCCAAUGGAUGGACUGUAUACCGCAUUGCCAGGCAGGCUUCCAGAAUGGGUAAUCAUGACAUGGCCAGAGAGCUUUAUCAGAGUUUGCUGACUCAGGUUGCCUCGGAGCACUUCUACUUCUGGCUAAAUAGUCUGAAGGAGUUCUCACAUGCAGAACAGUGUCUCACCGGCUUGCAAGAGGAGAAUUAUAGUUCAGCACUUUCUUGCAUUGCUGAGUCUUUAAAAUUCUAUCAUAAAGGGAUUGCUUCCUUAACAGCUGCUAGUACACCUUUGAAUCCUUUAAGUUUUCAGUGUGAAUUUGUAAAACUCAGGAUUGACCUUUUACAAGCCUUCUCUCAGCUCAUCUGUACUUGUAACAGCCUAAAAACAAGCCCCCCACCUGCAAUUGCCACAACAAUUGCCAUGACCUUAGGAAAUGACCUUCAGAGAUGUGGUCGCAUCUCCAAUCAGAUGAAACAGUCCAUGGAGGAAUUUCGAAGCCUUGCUUCCCGAUAUGGGGAUCUUUAUCAGGCAUCUUUUGAUGCUGACUCAGCAACUUUGAGAAACGUAGAGCUACAGCAACAGAGCUGUUUACUGAUAUCUCAUGCAGUAGAAGCCCUGAUUUUGGAUCCAGAAUCAGCAAGUUUCCAGGAAUAUGGAUCUACUGCAGCACCCCAUGCUGAUAGUGAAUAUGAGAGAAGAAUGAUGUCUGUAUAUAAUCACGUCUUGGAGGAGGUAGAAUCACUCAAUCGGAAGUACACUCCUGUUUCUUACAUGCAUACAGCAUGCCUCUGUAAUGCCAUCAUUGCUUUGCUGAAAGUUCCCCUUUCAUUUCAGAGAUAUUUUUUCCAGAAACUUCAGUCUACUAGCAUCAAGCUUGCUCUGUCACCAUCCCCCCGGAACCCUGCAGAACCCAUCGCUGUCCAAAAUAAUCAGCAUCUGGCACUCAAAGUAGAGGGAGUGGUUCAGCACGGAUCUAAACCAGGACUCUUUCGCAAAAUUCAGUCUGUCUGUCUGAAUGUUUCUUCUACACUACAGAGUAAAUCUGGACAAGACUACAAGAUACCCAUUGACAAUAUGACCAAUGAGAUGGAACAGAGGGUUGAGCCUCAUAAUGAUUACUUCAGUACUCAGUUUCUGUUGAACUUUGCUAUUCUUGGAACACACAACAUUACAGUGGAGUCUUCAGUUAAAGAUGCCAAUGGAAUCGUAUGGAAGACUGGUCCCAGAACUACCAUAUUUGUAAAAUCCCUGGAGGAUCCUUAUUCCCAGCAGAUUCGCCUACAACAGCAGCAAGCCCAGCAACCAUUACAACAGCAACAACAAAGAAAUGCCUACACACGCUUUUAACCAUGCGAUUAAUGCACUACAGACUUUGCAGGGAUCAACCAAACUGGCAGAAAUAGUUUCCUUUUUCAUAUAAAUUAAAUGUGAAAGUUAGAAAGUAG